CCCACAGUUGGGAUCACUGCCGCAGCUCUUUCCAUCACCAUGAUCUUCCUCCUCCUCUCCAAUGAUCGCUUCUCUGCCCUCAAAUUCCUCAAGAAAAAGAAGAAGAAAUCUCUUCAAAACCCCAGAGGUUACAAUCCCAACAAAGGCCUUAUCGCAGCUAUUGGAAACACUCCCCUCAUCAGAAUCAACAGCCUCUCUGAUGCCACGGGCUGCGAGAUUCUUGGUAAAGCUGAGUUCUUGAACCCAGGGGGCAGUGUUAAGGACCGGGUCGCCGUUAAGAUCAUCGAAGAGGCUCUAGAUUCUGGAGACCUUUUCAAGGGUGGAGUGGUGACUGAGGGAAGUGCUGGAAGCACUGCCAUCAGUCUUGCGACUGUGGCUCCUGCUUACGGAUGUAAAUGUCAUGUUGUAAUCCCUGAUGAUGCUGCCAUUGAGAAAUCUCAAAUUCUUGAGGCCCUUGGAGCUACUGUAGAAAGAGUGAGACCAGUCUCUAUUACACACAAGGACCACUUUGUUAAUAUUGCUCGGAAGAGAGCUUCAGAGGCCAAUAGAUUAGCAGCCAAGCAAAGAGAAGCUAGUAGUAGAAUGGAAUGUAAUGGACCAGCACGUGCUAAUGGUAACGGAUUAGUGCGUGCUAAUGGUGAUGGAUCAGUAUAUUCUAGUGGUGAUCCAUCACAACAAGAUGAGUGUCUUCUUCCCUCAACAAAUUGCGAAGGGGGUUUCUUUGCUGAUCAGUUUGAAAACCUAGCUAACUUCCGAGCUCAUUAUGAAGGCACUGGUCCUGAGAUAUGGGACCAAACUGAAGGGAAUUUGGAUGCCUUCAUUGCUGCUGCAGGUACUGGCGGCACUCUUGCUGGAGUUUCGCGGUUCCUUAAGGAAAAGGAUCCCAACAUUAAAUGUUUCCUUGUAGAUCCCCCAGGAUCCGGUCUGUUCAAUAAGGUUGCAAGAGGAGUAAUGUACACAAAAGAGGAAGCCGAAGGGAGAAGGCUGAAGAAUCCUUUUGAUACUAUUACAGAAGGAAUUGGAAUAAAUAGGCUAACAAAGAACUUUAUGAUGGCAGAGUUGGAUGGAGCUUUUCGAGGCACUGAUAAGGAGGCUGUUGAAAUGUCCAGGUUUCUUCUAAAGAACGACGGGCUCUUUGUUGGGAGCUCUUCUGCCAUGAACUGUGUUGGUGCUGUAAGAUUAGCACGAUCUUUGGGUCCGGGGCAUACGAUAGUGACAAUUCUUUGUGAUAGUGGGAUGAGGCACUUGAGCAAGUUCUAUCAUCCUCAGUAUCUUGCUGCUCAUGAUCUAACACCAUCUGCAACUGGUUUGGAGUUUCUUGAUCAUCAAUGAGUUUCUCUCGGUGAUGGAGAAUGGCCUCUGAAUGUAUUUUAGCUACUUCGCUUUUUUAAUAUUGAAAGAUGUACCCGGCCAAAGAUGGUGGAUGUUGUGAAAAAUUUUGUUACUGAUGACGAUGUCAAUCUUAUUGAACAAAGAUGAGAGUGCUGAUAGUAGUUUAGCUUGGAUUCAAACUGCAGGGCAUGACCUUGUGUGAUUUGUAUCAUUGACAGAAAAUUCACAGAACCAUGUAGUUUUCUUUUUUCCCCCGAUAGAACAGAACCAUGUACUGUUAAGAGCAGUUUUGUAUCGAGACGUUCUUUUUGACGCCUAUGAUAAUUUUUCUAUUUUGAUUUUGAUA